AGGAGGAGGAGGAGUCUGUUUGUUGACAUCGGAUGGAAGCGACCAUCAGAGUGAAGACAGCGGAUAAAAGCUCCUUUUCUCCCGGUCAUCCAGCCCCUCCGCCCCGGGGAAGCUGAGGUAGACCCGGCAGCGGAGCCGAGCUCACACACCGGUGACCGCUGGUUGUAGCCGUUAGCACAGCUCGGAGCUAGCGCUAGCCCCACUAGCUAGCCCAGCUAGCAGCAUAGCAGGGAAAGUCAUCGUUAGCCAGCAGCUAAUUGAAGUGAACUGUGCGGACACCGCUUCGGCGGAUGAAGCUUUAAAUAGAACAACACGCGCUGUUGUGUGUUUGACUCGUCCCGAGCAGUGCUCGCCUCCUGAGGUGACCUGCACUGGCCUGUGUGUGAUCUGAGCUGGAGAAGAAGGGGGGGGGCAACAUGGCAGCCAAAGCAGGAGACAACCCUGAGAGCCUCAUGACUCUGGCGACCGUGUUCUGCCUGAGGAACCUCAGGAAGACCAUGUGCUACCAGGGCUUCAGAAACAAGCUCUGCCUGCGCUCAGACAUCUUCCUGCCCAGCGAGAUCUGCGACAAGCUGGUCAACACAUACAUGGAGCUGGUUCACACAGACAGUAACUUUGAACCAGAGGAGAGCUUCUUCCAGCUCUUCUCAGACCCUCGGAGCACCAGACUGACCAGGGUACAGCUGAGAGAAGACUUUGUACGUGACAGAGAUCUGGAGGCCAUUAGAAAACAGGACCUGAUUGAGCUCCACCUCACCUACUGCAACAGUCUGUCGUCCCGCAGCCUGAAGACACUGACCUGCUUCCGCGAGACUUUGCUGUCUCUCUGUCUUUUUGGCUGCAGCCACAUCUUCUACAGGAAGGGCGGCGCCCCACUCGCCUGCAACGAAGACUCUGAGGACGAGGAGGAGGAGAGCCCAGCUUCUAGGCAGGCGUUAGAGACGGACUUUAACUUCCAGGGGUUCAACCGUCUCCGACUGCUCAACCUGGGCGGUCUGCCUGACGAGAUGGAUGCUGAGACGCUGCUCAAACCCCUGAAGUCUCUCACCUCAAUAGAUCUGUCUAAUGUACAGUUGCUGGGAACGGCAUUUCUCACCCAGUGGAAAGACAGAUUGGCCUCGCUUGUCCUCUACAACGUGGACCUGUCGGAGGAGUUGGUCAGCACAGUGGUGGAGCUUGUUAAUCUCAGGCAUUUCGACAUCUCGCGGGAGAGCCGGCGGACCUCUAAGUUCAAGAUGACGCGGAAGAUUUUGACAGCGUUCGUCCAGCGUCUGGUCAAUCUGGUGUCACUGGACAUCUCAGGUCACAUUAUGCAGGACAACUGCACAGUUCCACACUUUGAAGAAGCCAUGGGGCGACCGAGCAUCGAGCCGUGCAAGAGCAGCAUCUAUCCUUUCCAGGAGCUGAAGAGGCCGCUGCAGUUUCUGGGCCUUUACGACACUACCCUCUGUAACGUCACACACAUCCCUGCUUAUAAGGUGACUGGAUCAAAGAAUGAAGACCAGGUCCUGAAUGCGAUCGAAACUUACACCGAGUUUCGUCCUGAACUCGCCCACAGAGCCAUCAAUCAGCUGUUUGACAUCGCCAGGAUACAACACUGUAGUCAGCUGCUCCGCGCGUUGCAACUCGUCAUCGCAGCGUUGAAAUGCCAUAAAUAUGAUAAGAGCAUCCAGGUGACGGGCAGCGCCGCUCUGUUCUACCUGACCAACACAGAGUACCGCAGCGACCAGAGUGUGCGGUUACGCAGAGAGGUCAUUCAAGUGGUACUGAAUGGAAUGGAGCAGUAUCAGGAGGUCACUGUCCAGAGGAACUGCUGCUUGACUCUGUGCAACUUCAGCAUUCCUGAGGAGCUGGAGUUCCAGUACAGUCGGGUCAACCAGCUGCUGCUGAAGAUCCUGGAGCCGGCCCGGCAGGACGAGUCCAUCCAGAGAAUCGCUGUGCACCUCUGCAAUGCUUUGGUCUGUCAGGUGGACAACCAUCACAAGGAGGCUGUGGGGAAGAUGGGCUUUGUUAAGACCAUGUUAAAUUUAAUUCAGAAGAAGCUACAAGACAGGAUGUGUGACCAGGUGAUGGAGUUUUCCUGGAGCGCUCUGUGGAACAUCACAGAUGAGACACCUGACAACUGUCAAAUGUUCCUCAACUGUCGGGGGAUGAGUCUCUUUCUGGAGUGUCUUCAGGAGUUUCCAGACAAGCAGGAGCUUCACCGCAACAUGCUGGGGCUCUUGGGAAAUGUCGCUGAGGUCAAAGCCUUGAGGCCUCAGCUCCUCACCCCACAGUUCAUCACCGUUUUCAGUAACCUUCUGGACAGUAAGGCCGACGGGAUCGAGGUGUCGUAUAAUGCCUGUGGCGUGCUCUCACACAUCAUGUUUGACGGGCCAGAGGUUUGGUCGAUGGAGGAACCCCUGAGAGACACGGUGAUGGACAAGAUGUGGGACGCCAUCCAGAGCUGGGACGUCACCUCACGCCGCAACAUCAACUACAGGUCGUUCGAGCCGAUCCUGCGGCUGCUGCCUCAGGGCAUCGCUCCGGUCAGCCAGCACUGGGCCACGUGGGCUCUCUUCAACCUGGUGUCAGUUUACCCGGGCAAGUAUUGUCCUCUGCUGAUUAAAGAAGGAGGAAUCAUUCUUCUGGAGAACGUUCUGGAACUGGACAGCUCACAUCCAGAGACCAAGGACAUGGCCAGGAAAGUGAUGGAGCAGUGUGAAACCUUCAAGGAGGACCCCAUGGAAACAAACCACGGACAGGAGGUAAACUACGGACAAAGAGGUUGACGCCACAGGAGCAAUCAAUGAAAGCGACCUAAGGCCCUGCCGACCGCCAUCCUCACGAGGGUCGAUCGUGUGCAUUAUUCUUACUCUUAUCAUUCUUAUUAUUUUCUAGAGCAGAACUGUCUCUGAGCUGUCGCAGCAGUUUGGACAGAACCUUAAUAUUUGACACGUAGGACAGCAGACGUGGUGCAUGGUGUUUUGUUGUGAGGGUGCUUACCUGCUGCACAUGAGCAUCUCUUUUGGGUCUGUGGGGGUGGGUGACUCUGUUUCCUGCGUGUGCGUGUGCGUGUGCGUGUCACAGACUUAGCGACGGAACACAACAGUUGGAGUGAUGCUUGAUUCUCAGUGGAAGGAAACGAACUCCCUCCUCAGCUCACUGCCUUUAAUUGUAACUUUGAACGAAAGGCUGAAGUCCUCGCCGUUACACCUCCCAGUUCUCAUGCUUGUCCGCUGAGUUGCGGACACAUGUACAGUGAAUAUUAGCCAUUAUGUGUGUAGACUGCAGAGAAGCGUCACACUGAUGUUUGAUGUGACGGGAGACUUUCCCGACCUCGUGGCACAACGAUGGACUUCUUUGUUAAAUAUGUAAAUAUUCUGUUUGUCUCAUCCUUUUACUGUGCGUAUGUUUUAUAAUAUAACUGUAAACACU